AUGGCGGAAGAAGCUGAUGUGGCGCUUGACGUUGAUGCUUUUAUCAGCACAAUGUACCGAAAGGUGCUAUCGUGUGUGAAGGCCUCAAACGGCAUACCAUCGGAGGACGAUGGAUUUUAUUUUCACUCGCAAUUUAGCGCCGAAUUCGCAGCGAGCUCCAAGCGCACCGGCGCCAAAGCCGAAGAGCUCAUACGGCUGCUUACCAAGCUUCCGCGCACCGAUAUGGAUGCGGAAAAUGCAGAAAAUAACGAUGAGGAUGAAAGUAUGGAGCUUUUUGACGGACCAGAGCCUAAUGCACUUGUGACAGACUAUGCAGACAUGCUGUUGGAUGAGGCGUCCAAGCACCUCGCACAGUUCAUGCAAGGCGAGACGAACGCUCUCACUGAUAAGUCAAAGCUUCGACCACUGGAUAACAAGCCACAAGUAUUUGAAAACAAGAAAAGACACAUGAAAUUAGUAGAGGAAACGGAGAGGAUUGUUGUACGGGGAGCACAGGACAAGCCACAGAACCGAUUUGAUGAAAAAAUUGACAACUCCGACGCACCAUUCGUGUCAAAACUUCGAGAAAAGGUGCAUGCACUUAAUGAAGGUGCUGCUGCAGCUAUUGGUGACGAAGACGACGAGAUGGGUUUACGUCAUCCAUACUAUUCGGAGAUUAAAGGUCUUAAGUAUGCAUCAUGGCAGUUGACAGCGUCCGAGAAACCGUAUGAAUUGGUUGGGAUCAAUGAGGCAACGUAUCUGUGGGUGGACACGGAAGAGAAGUUGGUGAAGAUGAUGAAGUCACUUAAAGCUGCUGAAGCUCGUGUUAUUGCAGUGGAUAUGGAACAUCACAGCUAUAGAUCGUACAUGGGACUUACAUGCCUCAUGCAAAUUUCUACUGCACACGAGGACUUUUUGGUGGAUACACUGGCCCUACGUGGGAAACUGCAGACGCUGAAUGAGGUGUUUUGUGAUCCAGAAAAGGUCAAGGUACUACACGGAAGCGACAUGGAUAUUCUGUGGUUGCAGCGCGAUCUUGGUCUGUAUAUUGUCAACCUCUUUGACACGGGUCGUGCAGCACGUUUGUUGCAAUAUCCACGGUUUUCAUUGGCAUACAUGCUCAAGCGUCACUGCAAUAUUGACGCCGAUAAACAGUACCAGCUUGCAGAUUGGCGAAUCCGUCCGCUAGAUAUCAGUAUGGUGAAGUACGCUCGGGAGGAUACACGCUUUCUCUUGUAUAUUUACGAUAGGUUGAAAAAAGAACUGCUGCAAACUGGAGCAAAAUCUCGCGAGAGUCUACUUUUUCAAGCACUACAGAAUUCAAAUAAGCUUUGUUUACAGGUGUAUGAAAAACCUCAGCCCACAAGUGAGGACGCUCUUGCAAUUGGUGAGAAGCUCAAGGGAACUGUAAACAUACGAGAAUUGUCCGAGCUUCAAAAGCGCGUAGUUGUGGCGCUAUAUAUGUGGCGUGACCGUAUCGCUCGUCAAGAAGACGAAUCGAUGGCAUACGUGAUGCCAAAUCAUGUGCUUUUGAAGCUUACUAAGCACCUUCCCACCCGAUCUGACGAUUUGUUUCGCGCUUGCCACCCGGUGCCGUUGCUUAUUCGCAAGCAUGCGCUACAAAUAACGAACUUAAUUAUCGCUGAAAAGUCGAAGCUUGCUCAGGAAGAAGCCAAAACAUCACAUAAAGCCCAACGAACAGUGGUGAUAGAGCCACUGAGAAAAAUUUGGGAUGAAAAUGGCGAUGUAACAACUACAUUGAGCAUGAAGCUUGUAGGACGUGCAAAGCAUGCUCCUUGGACGAGUGGCCGACGCAAGGCUGGCGUUGCUAACUCAGAUACCCCGAUUCGAUCGUCAUUGUUCGGUAAACCAAUUAUUCCCGGAGUUAAUGCCUUUGAGGCUAUUGAGAAGCCAGAGACAGCCGCGUUACUCGAAAAGGUUAACGCUAUGGUAGCAAGCACAAUGUUUACGAUUGCUGAAAAUGAUCCAGUGAUGGCAGCAGCCACCAAAUCGAUGCCGUUGGUGGCGAUUUCAAGCAACGAGAAGGAUCUAGAAGAGUCGAAGCAAAAUAUACCUCAAUCAAUCUCGGAAGCAUAUCACAUGUCAAAUCGAACAAAGCGGAGGAAGACCACACCUGAUAUGACGGCAACUUCUGAUGUGAAGGACCGUGCGCAGGCGUUUAUGCAAAAGAUUGACGGAGUCGACAGCAAAAUUAUCGAUAGUGAAAGUGAGAGCAAUAUUAAUGGCUUUGACUAUGCCACGGCCAGUACUCGGAUCACAGGUGCCAAAUUUCAGCUAAAGAUGGACGAGGAUGAUAGCGGUACCAGAAGCAAAAGUGGUUACGAGAAGAAGCAAAAAGGAUACAACCCUUUUGUGGCUAUGAGCGGCAAAGUCAAGAAAGAGUCGGACGACUCAAAGACUCUAGAAAUCAAGAAAAUGCAUCAUAUGCCGCGAAGUGCCACAUUCAGAUAG